AUGUUGUCUGGUGAAAUCCCUAGCACCCUUGGUGAUUGUACAAGCCUAGAAUACCUUUUUAUGCAGGUUAACCUAUUUCAAGGAUCGAUACCAUUGGCUCUUAGUUCUCUAAGAGGUGUUCAAGAUCUCGAUCUUUCACACAACAACUUCUCUGGUGUCAUCCCGAAAUAUUUGGGUACAUUUAAGUUUUUACAAAGACUAAAUUUAUCAUUUAAUCAUUUGGAGGGUGAGGUAUCAGUAGAUGGAAUCUUUGCAAAUUUGAGUGCAUUUUCAAUCAUUGGAAACAAUAAGCUUUGUGGAGGUAUACCAGAACUUCAUUUGCCAGCAUGCCAAAUUCAAAAGUCAAAAGAACACGCCAGGCGUCGUGUUUUCAAGCUGUUAGUCAUCGUCUGUGGUUGUGGGGGCUCUCUAUGUUUGAUUUUUAUGACAUUUUUUUUCAUUAUAUACCAGAGAGAAAAAGAAAGGAAAGAAUCCACUUUAUUUUUGAUAGGGGAUCGUCAUUUUAAGAUCUCUUAUGCCCAACUCGUUAAAGCUACCGAUGGAUUUUCUUCUGCAAAUUUGAUUGGAGUGGGGAGUUUUGGUUCUGUGUAUAAAGGAGAUCUUAAUCAUGGGGAAACUAUUGUUGCAGUAAAGGUCCUCAACAUUAGACAAAGAGGGGCUUCCAAGAAUUUCAUGGCAGAAUGUGAAUCCCUGAGAAACAUCCGGCAUCGUAAUCUUAUAAGAAUUUUGACAUCUUGCUCAAGUAUAGAUUACGAAGGCAAUGAUUUUAAGGCUUUAGUAUAUGAGUUCAUGCCCGGUGGGAAUUUGGAGAGGUGGUUACAUCAACAUGCAGAUGGUAUACAAGAUGAACAAAACCAUUUAAACCUUGUUCAAAGAUUGAAUAUUGCCAUUGAUAUGGCAACCGCAUUGGAUUAUCUUCACCACAAUUAUCAUGCACAGAUUAUUCACUGUGACCUAAAGCCAAGCAAUAUUCUUCUCGAUGGUGAUUUGACUGCACAUUUAGGUGAUUUUGGGAUAUCAAGAAUUCUUUUGGAAGACACAAAUAGGUCUCAAAAUCCCACGAGCUCAAUUGGAAUAAAGGGGUCUAUUGGAUACAUUGCACCAGAAUAUGGUGCAGGUGCAGGUGCAGGUGCAGAUGUUUCAAGGCAUGGUGAUGUAUACAGUUAUGGGAUUCUCUUGUUAGAGAUGUUCACAGGGAAGCGGCCUACUCAUGAAAUAUUCAAAGAUAACUUUAAUCUUCACUGCUGGGCUGAGAUGGCUUUGCAUGAUGGAGUGAUACCUAUCGUCGACCCAUCACUUCUCUCCAUGGAAGAAGUUGAAGAAGAGGCAACAACAAUUGUUACCAACAUCACUGGAAGUCGAAGAUACAUAAGGAUAGAGUGCAAGAGUGCCUUACUUCAGUUAUUAGAAUUGGAGUUGCCUGCUCAACUGAAUCACCAUGGGAUCGAAUGGACAUAAGUGAUGUGGUCAAAGAGCUACAUCUGAUCAGGGAUAUUUAUCUUGGAGUUGGCACUCACCAUGAAAAUUGAAUUAUAAUAAGGGCUACGAA